AUGUUGGUGUAACUGAAGUCUCAUAUUUGGACUGUGUGCGUCGAUAAGUGGUGAGUGCUUGUUGACAUCACGUUAAAGUUGUGAAGUUGAAACGGCAUCUUCGGGUGAUGGAGAAUCAGGAGGAGGUGCUUCAGUCACUUGAAGACUUCGCGAAAAUGAAGCCCAAGGAGAUACCAAAAGAAUUAGAAGAGUAUCUUGAAUACGUCGCAAAAACUGGUGACCCAGUGUAUCAGUGGUCUGCUGUGAAAUGUUUAUUCCGAGAAAAACUCUUAAAAGUUAUUACAGAUUUCUACGAGUCGUGUCCUACGUGCCCAAAUAACGAAUUUACACCGUGCCCAAAUGUAGAACCAUUUAAUUACGAGAAUAUGAAGGCGAGUUUACUGGAACGCCUAGAUUCUUUCUCUAGUGCACCGUUUACUAUUCAGAGAUUAUGCGAGUUGUUAACGACACCUACUAAAGAAUACACCAGAGUGGACAAGUUUAUGCGGGCAGUGGAGAAAAAUAUACUAGUUGUUAGUACAAAAGAACCGGGAAAUAGACGAUCAGAUGUUCAGUCUGAUUUCCUAAUGAAUGGGGUGAUGGAUGGAAGAGCACUUGAUAUUGGUGAAGCUAUUGAAACUGUGAGCAGUGAUGGCGUUAAUUUGUUGCAAACUGAAGAAAAUGAAGUGAAUGUAAGCAAUGGCAUUAGAAUAGAUGAGUUAGACAUGGAAAACCGAUCUGACAUCGAAAACACAAGUGAUGCUGUGUGGGAUAAAGACCAGAGAGAAAGCUCUGAUGCAGAAAAACAGAGUGCAAAAACCAGUGAGAAAAAUGGCAAAUUAGGCACAGAAAAUGAAAGUGGAAGGGAGUCACCAAAGAUUACUGGACAGAUUGAUGUAAAGGACGAAACGGGAGAAUCCCAACAGACCUUAAGUCACCUAAAGGACAAGGCAGAAAGUGAUCACAGUUGUGCUGCUCAAGAAAUAAGUAAUACAGUGACUGCACAUGAAGUAGCACAUGGACAGAAAACAGACAGCACGUCUGUUUUAAGUACAGCAAAUGUUACAGAAGCAGAACAGUCUCCAAAGGAAACGGAAAGUAAUUCUAGCCAGCUUGUAGAUUCAGUGCAUGUGGAGGAAGUAUCACACAGUGAAGAAAGGGAACAAGAGCUGACAGUGUCAUCAACAGGGAUUGUGCUGGAGGCAGAUGAGAAUGUAUCACAAGUUUCUGCUGUACCCGAAGAUGAAGACGAUGUACUGUCAAAUGAGUCGUACAGUCCAACACAGCCGGUAGAGACCCUAGUUCCAUCACCGCCAGCUGUUGUAAUUUCAGAGAUUGGAGUAGAUGAAGGAGAGGAAGUGGGAGACGAGGGCUCUGCAACUGUGGUGGUUAGUCCAGCUGUACCACAAGGGGACUCGACCACUCCAGGAGCUGCCGUGGAGGAAGUCGUCAUCGCAACUUCAGUUACUGGCUCAUCUCCCGACCAAGUGUUUAGGGAGACUGCAGUGGUAGAAGAAUUAGGUGCUGCCCCAUUGAGUACGCAGCAGGAGGUAGUACCACCAGCAGAGACACCAGUAGUUGAAGAAUUGGAGAAUGCAAUGGUGUCGGAGGUAGAGGAAACUGUAGAAAAUGUGAAAGUCCUGGCAGUAGAAGAGAUGCAGCCUCUUCCACUUCAGUCUUCAUCCUUGCAGCAACAGCAGCAGCCACAACAACAGCCACCCGGCUGCGAUGAAAGUAUGGAAGUGGAUGAACAGCUGCAGCUGCAGGAAGAAAUGUCCAUGGAUGGAGAUGAACCAAUGGACCAGACAGAAGAGAUGACCGGUGUUGUUACCGAAGUUGACAGUUAGUGUGGAACGUUAUUCUAAGCAGAAGUUCUUUGGCUUGCAUGCAACAAACUGUAUACUUUCUACGGGCUGUGUAACAUCAGACAACCAAGGCAUGAGAGAUAUGUGAAAAUAUCAGGGAACUGGGAAGACAUCAGUAAAUUAUUGUGAACAUUAGCCCGUCGAUUGUUUUUGUAGGUUGUUAACGUAGGCAUUGACUGUACAUGAGCAUUUUUUAAAGUUUCUUAAGUACAUAUGCAGCUGGCAAAUGGAGAAAAUGUUUAAUGGUUAUAAAUUUCUGUUUUUAAUCUGUUUUUUCCGUUCACAGAAUCUUCAUUAUGGAAGAGGAAAAUAUAUCCUAUGUUUUGUUUUCAAUGUCCUGUUUGUUAGUUGAAAUGGACAGAGUAUUUGUUUGUGAUUUUUGUAAAUAAUAAUAAACUUACUCAGUAAAAGCUACGUUAUUAAAGUAAUUUUUUUGAAAGAACAUCUAUUGCCACGAGACAAUUUUGCGCAAGGACAGCUUAGGAAAUUAGACUUUGAGCGUUUGCAUUUACAUAUUGUAUAUUUUGUAUGGAAUGUCAGUGGGAUAGUCAUUCCCUUCCAGUUCGAAAUAUUGUGUUAUUGACUUGAUACAUUGUGGUCUUUCAUUUAAAUCUCUUGUUUGUGGCCUUGCAAGUUCUUGCACAAUGAUGUAUUUCUCCACAAAGCGCUGCAGAUGUACGGAGUAGUAAAUAUAUUUCAGCUUAGUGUACACUUUUUGUCAUUAGCUGAAAGUGAAAGCAAUAGUACCUGAACUUCCUAAUUUAUACCAAUGAUAUAAACAUUUUGUACUCGCACCAAGUGAAGGACAAAUUUCAGAUCAACUCAUUUUGAAACUGCUGUGCAUUACUGAACCAUUGUUAAAGCAGUAAUAUAAAUUUCACACGUAUCAUGUAAACCAUUGUGUAUUUGUUUGGAUAUUGUAACGUUAAUAAGUAGGCUAUGACCAAUGGCAGACAUACUGGCAUAGGAUAUGUAUUUGGUCAUGUCAUAACAACUGAAAUGUUAUCCAGUAACCUCUUCACUGCAAUGUGUUCAUAAGUUACAAGGAAGAAUGUAUAUUUAUUACACGAAUAUUUGAGCUCAUUAAUUGUCGAACAAAAAUGUGUAUUUUAACCUUGUCAAGUUUUUACUUCGCAUUUUAAAAGACUGAAGGCUGGAACUAAGUACCCUAGGACAGGGAUUGUCAGUAGCCUGGCUAAAAAGUGUGUCAUGACUGUAAAUGUGUGAUGUCACUGAAAAAAUUUGAAACUGUACAUAACAGAUAAAUUCUAAAAAAGUGACAAUUGUGGCAGAAGUAGCAUGCUUGUUACCCCUUGUUUUCUUGUAAUACAGACAGCCUCACAGAUCAAGCAGACACAUGUAUCCAUAUAUUCACUUCAGAUUAAAAUAAAGUAUCUGUGUCAAGGCAGAAAACUAUUUUGUAUUAUAGAAUUAUGGAAAUAGCAAUAAAAACACCUGUUAAAUAAUUUGAAUCCAA